UGAACUAUAAAAAGAAAAAUGGCUUCUGAAUAUCUGCUUGAUUGAAAAACCCUCUGAUAUCUUAGAUACCCUCCAAUUGCUCUGUGUUCGCCGGUUACCAAAACCCUAACUCCGAGAAUUCGGCAUCUGAUGUAAUCAGAAGCCUACUCAGGGUGAAAAUUGCUCUGUUGCCAUGGAAUCUGGUGAUUGGAGGGAUCAACUGCAACGGCAAACUUUCCUGUGCAAGAUAAUGGAUACAUUGAAGAGGCAUCUUCCUUUCUCUAAAUAUGAAAGACUACAGGAACUUAAGAAAAUAGCCGAGAGGGUUGAACAAGAGAUUUAUACUGUUGCCACAAACCAGUCUGAAUAUACACGGAAGAUAUGCUUUAUGAUGCUGACAAUGGAGACUAGAUUACAAAAUCCCGUGCGAUCAAAGUCAAACUCCGCUAUUUUAUAUAAUAGUGUAAACCCCUCAAUACCAUUAGAUUCGUCAGCAAAUGGAGAUUGGCAAGAAGAAGUGUAUCAACAGAUAAAAGCUAUGAAGGACCUGUAUUUACUAGAUUCUACAGCUCAGACCGGCAACCCAAAUGGCGAAGAUGUGCAAGAGGAAGUGUAUCAAAAGAUAAAAGCUAUGAAGGACCUGUAUCUACUUGAUUUGUUUGACAUGCAUCAGAAAAUCGUUUCAAAAUUCCAGCAGCUUGAUUCUCUUCCUCAGCAACCAGAAAACGAGGUACUUGAGAAGCUGAAAGUGUUUAAAAAUAUGUUGGAGCGUUACAUGCAAUUCUUACAAAUCCCUAAGCAUGGAAUACUAGCCAACUAUAAAGACAAGCUGUGUACCUAUGAGAGGCAGAUUAUUAGUGUCAUCAAUGUAAAUAAGGGGAAACCCGGGCCUUCUCAGCAGCAAUCACGAGCUUGACCCGGGUCACAAUAGCUUAACAUUGAACUUUCGUAUAGCAGCAGGUCUUGAGUCGUUCGUCCCAACAAUUGAACUUUCGUAUUGUGUGGCUGUUUUAAAUGCUGCUUAAUCUUGUUAUCUUUGUUUGAAGUUAUGACACCCUGGCAACAAGUAUAGAUGUCAUCUUCCUGGCUUUUACAUGUAUAUUUGAAC